GGCUUCCCUCUGGUGCGCGCCCGCUGCGGCCAGGCGAGAGGAAGCGUUUGGCCUGAUUCGUUCAACUUCGGGGGCAUUGGCCGCGCUCUGGCCGCCCUCCCGGGUCUCCCCCCGCGCCCCUGCAGCGUCUCGCUUCCCCGGGGCUCCGGAAGGGAAGGAGGCGUGUCCGGAGCAGGCGGGAGGGACCGGUAUAAAAGUGCUGGCGGCGCGCCGGGCCGGGCUUCACUUGCCGUCUUGCGCCGGGACGAGGAGCGCCGCGGGAAGCACGGGCCGUGGAGAGGGCGCUGCGCUCGGGCUACCCAAUGCGUGGACUAUCUGCCGCCGCUGCUCGUGCAAUAUGCUGGAGCUCCAGAACAUCUAAACGGAGUCGCCACACCGCUGCCUGGGCUGGAUCACAGCGCUGCCUUUCCUUAUGAAGAAGACACAAACUUGGAUUAUCACUUGCAUUUAUCUUCAACUACUCCUAUUUAAUCCUCUGGUGAAAACUAAAGGGAUCUGCAGGAACCGUGUGACUGAUGAUGUAAAAGACGUUACAAAAUUGGUGGCAAAUCUUCCAAAAGACUAUAAGAUAGCCCUCAACUAUGUCCCCGGGAUGGAUGUUUUGCCUAGUCAUUGUUGGAUAAGAGUGAUGGUGGAACAGUUGUCAGUCAGCUUAACUGAUCUUCUGGACAAGUUUUCAAAUAUUUCUGAAGGCUUGAGUAAUUACUCUAUCAUAGACAAACUUGUGAAAAUAGUGGACGACCUUGUGGAGUGCAUGGAGGAACACUCAUCCGAGAAUGUAAAAAAAUCACCUAAGAACCCAGAACCCAGGCAUUUUACCCCUGAAGAUUUCUUCAGAAUUUUUAACAGAUCCAUUGAUGCCCUCAAGGACUUGGAGACAGUGGCAUCUAAAACUAGUGAAUGUGUGCUCCCUUCAACAUUAAGUCCUGAAAAAGAUUCCAGAGUCAGUGUCACAAAACCAUUUAUGUUACCCCCUGUUGCAGCCAGCUCCCUUAGGAAUGACAGCAGUAGCAGUAAUAGGAAGGCCGCAAACCCCCUUGGAGACUCCAACUUGCAGUGGGCAGCCAUGGCCUUGCCAGCAUUCUUCUCUCUUGUAAUUGGGUUUGCUUUUGGAGCCUUAUACUGGAAGAAGAAACAACCAAAUCUCACAAGGACAGUUGAAAAUAUACAGAUUAAUGAAGAGGAUAAUGAAAUAAGUAUGUUGCAAGAAAAAGAGAGAGAGUUUCAAGAGGUGUAAUUGUGGAUUCUAUCAACACUGUUACUUUCGUACCUUGUGAAUCAAGCUGGGUUUAAAACGAAGCUCUGGACUGAUUGGAAAUGGACUCCUCACACAUUACGAGUGGUGAAAUCGGAGGUGGCAUUCUUCUUCAUAAAGUAUUACUCAUCAUGUCCACUGAGCUCGCUCAAGACUGAACUCCGGUACCACCACUUCAAAAAGCCGACUUCCCAAAUUUAUGGCCAGCUCAUUAUAUUUCAUGUGACAGCUCAUACAUCUUAAAAUGCCCAUGUAAUACACACUAAUAGGACUUCUCAAUUACUUUUAUAGACGUUUUGUGUCCUCUGCUAAACCAUAAGCUCUUACAGGGCAUGAUUUGUUUCUGCAUUUCAUUUUGGAAUCCCACCAAACUAUAUAGCUUAUUAUACUUUGUGCAUGCAACUGAUGAAUAAAUAUUUGUUGGGAAGGAAAAUGGAGAAGAUGGGAAUCUCAGAAUUGCAUUAAUGUGAGAACAAAAUUUAUGAAAAUAAAAACAAAAAUAGACACAGGAAGGAUAAGAAAAAGACAAAAGAUCCAGCUCGUCAUCCUGAAUCUACAGACCCUAAAUUCAAAAUGUAUAGGUAUCAUGUGUAGUCAUUUACUGAGUACCCAUUGUGUAAAGCCUUUUGCUGGUCCCUGUAUCAGCAGAGGUUUUUAAAACCUGCCAAGGAUCUUGAAGUAUAAUUUGGGAAGAGGGGUAUGAUAAAGGAAGAGGUUGGUGAGGGCAAAAUAUAAGGUGGUAGGAGAGGAAAUAUACCAAGAAAUAAAAUAGUAGUAAAAAGCACCAAGAUUGAAAUGUCAUUCGCAGUUCUUGCUAUGCAUUUUUAAAAGUAGAUAUAAUUUGGAUUAUAGCCAUUUUUUUUUAGCUUACAAGGAAGGGGAAAGUUCAGGGAAUGACUCAGAUUUAUGGCAGGGAUUUCUCCCUGAAGUGUAGGUUUCACCAACUAAAACAAAUUAAGAUAAAUAUUGUAGUACUACAAUAGAAAGUGGAAUAGUUAGUUCUUUAAGUGAAAUAACCCAUAAUUGGAAGAUGAAGAGAAGGAGGGUUUGGUAUUUUAAAAACAAGGAAAGAAGGUGGAAAGAGUAUAAGGUAAUGAGCUGGAAAUAAAAGAAAUUGGCUCUAAAUGAAAAAAGACUAGAGUGGUGUCUAUUUGACACCGAACAUGAAAAUAUCUACACAAAAAGCUAAAAACAGACUUAAUCACGAGCUGAUUUCAAGUAUUCCUACAUCGCAUCCCACAAGAAUUUUUCAUUUAUUAGCAGUAUAUAGCCAUUUGAGAAAGAAAUAAAAGAGAGUAUUUAUAGGAAAAUUUUGCUCUUCAUUCUUCCCACAAAUGUGAUUCCAACACACUCUAGUAAGUAGGUACAUGGUUGGAUGCAAAGCUUAAUAUAACCGAGUUAUGUCCUCAGAUUGCUUAUAGCCUACAAAAGGAAAUAAGGCAAGGCAUAUGCAUAAUAACCUACUUUUAAAAGGAAACUAGAGGUUUAUGAACUUAAAAAAAGCAAUGAAAGGAGCUUACAAGGCAAAUGCAAUAAGAGAUCAAAGGCAAGACCACUGCUUACGUUGUAGAGGAUGUAUCCUUGACAUAGGUGUGGAAUGGAUGGACCUCCUAGAACUAUACACAGGUAUACCCAUAUACAGUUGCCUUAUCUGAAAGGAGAGAAAUCACUAGCAACGGGAGAAAGGCUCCAUCACAAGCUAGAUGUUGGAGGUGGCAGAUAUACUGAGCCAGAUCUUGGAUGAUGGGUAAAAUUUUAAUAGCAAUAGGAAAGGAGUCGUCUGGAUACUGCAGAUGGCAUAAACUGAGUCAGGGAGGCCAGAAGAUGCAGAGAGUGUGUUCAAGAGUCCAUUUGUACAGUUAGUUAGACUCCCAGUGGAAAGUCACACAUGAAGGGUUAAAAAGGCUGAGAAACAACGAUAUGGACAUCAGUUUGAAAAAUUCCAAGUAUAGGACAUAUACUUUAUGGAGUCAUGUAAGGAGAUGUUGGAGGGUUGGAAAAGAUGUGAGGGAUACCGUCAGAGCCAAGGUUUAGGAAAGUAAUGAGAAGUUGGUGUGGCCAGAUAGAUGGUUGGAAGCAGUGAGCUGGAGUCAUGGAGUUCCUUCCACCUAGGAAGCCAAUCUUCCAAACAGAUGAGAGAGAAUGAUGACCUGGACUAGGGUCAGGGCCAUGGAAAUAGGAAAGCAUGAACCACUUUGGAGAUAUGCAGUAAAAGAAUCAACACAUUUUGGUUACUGGUAUAAUGUGAGGCUCGACAUCACAGGUAGUAUUCAAGGAUGAUUUGGGGCCUAUGGGACUAACCAGGGAGUGGGGCCAUUCAAAGAAAAUAAGGGAAGGAGGUGUUAAGAAAUACUGACCAGUGGCUGAAUCUGUUAGACUGGAGAUUCGAAGAACAGUCAAGGCUGGAAGUAAUAGAUUUGGGGUUUGGGAGUCAGCUACAAAGAAUUUUCUUUGAGACAUUGGGAGAAGGACUGCAUUAUCACGCCCAGUUUGGUUGACUGUAAAUAGUGUGACUUGGUAACACUAGGACAGCAGUGUUAAUGAAACUCCCCAGCAUGGUAAGUGUUGAAAAUAAUUAUUAUAAUUAGGUUGAUGGAGAAAUUCACAAAAGAAACACAGCCUGGACAUUUCCUGCAGACCUGAGCUAAGACAGGAGAUAAUAGAUCCUAGAGUUGAAAUACGGAUGAUCUUGAGUCAGGUUUAGUCAUUUGGCACACAGGGCUUGGCAAGAUCUGUGACUCUUUACCAGAUGUUUCCCAAGAAUUUCCGGAGCUUUGGAGGAUUUGUUUUUGAACCCCUUCUGUAGACACAUUAUAAUAUAGAAGAUAAGAAGGGAUUAGACUUGGGUUCAGGACUUGGCUCUGCAACUAGAUAAGCUGUAUGUCCAUUGUCUUAACCCCUGGUUUUUUAGAGAUAGAUAAGGGGAUAAUAUGACUCACCCUGCUUAUUUCAUGAG